AAACAGUGAAUAAGUAAACUACUCGAAUUGAGCCACUAUAGUAACUCAUCGACCUGGAAAAAAUAUUCGCAAAAGUUACGUUAGUGGCAGGCCGGCUCAGCACCAUAUCGGUAAUAGUAGUGCUCUACCCUUAUCUUAUUUACCAUCGGUAACCUGCUGUUUCUAUGUACUUCUGUAGUCUUUAAUAUAGCGUACAAAAAAAUUAUCGAAAAAUAAAAAUGCGGAACGUUGAAAUAAAAUCGAAGAUCCAUGAUUCUAAAACAAUUAUUGAGAAACUUGAAAAAAUUACGGAUACUAAAAUGAUUUUAAUUAAGCAAUUAGAUACUUUCUUUGAAUCGAAAACAGGCAGAUUAAAAUUACGUCGUUUUGAAGAUGGAACUGGUGAAUUAAUUUACUAUGAAAGACUUAAUACUACAGGUCCUAAACUUAGUGAUUAUAAAAAAAUAGAUUUAAAUGCAAAAACAUAUGAAGAUAUGGAUAAAAUAUUGUCUGCUACCAAUGGUAUCGUAGGAACUAUCAAAAAAACAAGACGAUUAUAUACAAUUGAUCAAACUCGGAUACAUGUUGAUGAUGUACAUGAUUUGGGUAGUUUUUUGGAAUUAGAAGUUAUUUUGAAGGAUAAUCAAGAUGUUGAUUAUGGAACAAAAGUUGCCGAAAAUAUAAUGAAGAGCUUAAAUAUUAACGCAAAAGAUUUGAUUUCCGUAGCAUAUAUAGAUUUACUUAAUAAAAUUAAAAACUUGGAAUAAUAUACAGAUUUCUAUUUUAUCUGACAAUUGUAAAGUUCUUUUCUAAAAGAUAUCAAUGUUUCUAUUAAUUUUUUAACAGAUUAAAUUUAUUAUAUAUUGAAAACCAGAAUAUUUAAUUUCAAUAAUAAAAGGAAGAAAUAAGGGA